UGAACAAGUAUUAGAUUGCUUUAUGUUUCUAGUUACAACAGCAAUUAAGCAAAAGAUAGGGCAAUUAUUUUGCCCGUAAGGUCACAAACCCUAUUUGAUGUAUGUAACCAAUUUGUACAAAAGCCACAUCGAAUAGAACCCAAACUCCCUCAUUAGUUGUUGCUAUUUUUAGUAUUAUUAUUAUUAUUAUAUUUAUUAUUAUUAUUUUUAUUAUUACGGGCGACCCGGACGCGGUUUCUCCUCUCCUCCACCGCCGCCGAUGGGUCUCGUGGCGGCGUACAGGUCGGCCAUCAGACGGUGCCGCUUCGUCCUCCGCCACGGCCCCAUCUCCUCCUCGUCGUCCUCCUCGUUUCCGACGAGGACGGCCUCGGGCGGCGGCUGCAUGUUGACGGACCAACGAGAGGAGGAGGAGGCUGAGGAGGAGACUGAGGAGGUGGCUUCGGCGCUGCUCUCGCUGAGGUGCACCAGAAGCUCCGCCGCAGCCAGAUCGGCCGCCGUGAAGAGAUCUCCGCGGAUCCGCGUGCGCACCGCCGCUGGAGGCGGCGGGAGCGGGAGCUGGAAUCCGCCGGGGGGAUUACGAUCGAUGAACAAAGUUUCCGAAGCAAAAUUUUCAAAACUGUGCUACUCCCAGAGUCUCAGGCCAAGAAAUAUUCUUACAGAAAACCUCACCGUAUUGGCCAUCUAACAGGAACUACUUGUCGAGCUCAAUCUCUUGUCAUCUGAAGCAGCAAAUUCUUCACUUGAUCUGCUUGCACCACUAGCUCAUCCCUCCUCUGUGAUCAUUAGAUUCCGCAUUAAUCUUAGUAGUUAUCGUGAAACGAUGGUGUUAAAAGUGUAGAUGUAUAUAUAACAUGAACUCUGAAAGCAUUCAAGGCGAGGCUUCUAAAGGUUGUCAGAGUGGCAUUGGUGACUUCGAGUCCUAAUGCACUCAUGGCCGCCAUUAACCUCGCGAAUCCUCCUUCCUUAUGACUCCCACAGCACCAUGAGGAACGGCUGAGUAAAUCAACACAUUUUGUUACAAAAAGACUGAAGUUUGUUUUCUUUAAACACUAUAUAGGAGCCAGGGAGACAGCAGAUCAGCAAACAAAAGAAAGCGUGAUUAGCUUUAAGUUCCCUGCAACUCCAGUUAUUGCACACUGCCUUCAGCAUCCUUAUCUUGCCAGAUCAUCUCAACUCUAUCUGCCUUUUAAGUUGAAGCGGAAGCACAAGAUCAAAAUAAAUGAACCUUGAACGGAGCAGCAGGUAGGCAAAAAGGAUUACUUUUAUGUUCUUCUGAUAAGAAUUUGGAAGACCCUUGUAAUUAAUGACCCUAUGCCAAUUCGCCGCCAGCAGCUAUCAAUUCAUCUUCCCUGUGCAUCCAAAAAGUAAUUUGCCGCAGUUGUGCUUCUCCAGUUAUGUCCCGACAUUGCAGACUGCCAUCAUCAUCUAGCACUAAAGUGCAUUCCUUAUCUUGUCAGAUCGAAAAAUGAAGUAAGUAAAGGAAUUUCGUGGCAAAUUAAAAGGUACUACCAUAUGCCACAUGAAAAGGCUAUUCGUCUAUCAAUGCUGCUUCUGCUGCCUCCUCAUUAAAGACAAGAGCGAGCAUAUCGUAGUCUAAUUAAAGUCGCACCGAAACCCUAUGCAUCAAAAAAAGGUAUUUUACCGCAGCUAUUACCGUGCUGAUAUUAGCGCUGCUGCUGUUGCUGUGCUUCUCCAGUUAUGUCCUUCUAACACACACACUAAGAGAUCCCUCCCUAAUAUUGUCAGAUUGGAAAAAUGGAGCCAUUCGGCAAAGGAAUUUCGUGGCAAAAGAUGACUCGUUCAGAGAGAUAUGACCGAAAUACUCGUCCUUCGCUGCAGACCGACAACGCUAUGAAAAAGUUAUUCGCCGCCCGCAGCUAUCAAUGCUGCUUUUGCUACUCCAUGAUGCUGCCGUUUUCUUUAAAGGCGGUUUUAUCCGUCUAUGCAUCUUUUAAAAGCUCUGCUUCGACUAGCCAAUUAAGCCUUAAGAGAACAGGAACCUUUUGGCUUCAAAUCCACACCGGCGAAGCUACAGCAAACAAUGGCGUCGAGAAGACGAAAUUGGGCGGGCCUUCUGACGGAUCUCCUCAGUAAGAUCUUUCAGUGCUUUAAUUUUUUCCAUCGUGCACCUUUUGCCGCUGUAUGUCGUACAUGGCGCACAGCCAAAGGCCUGGAUAGUAGUCAUCUCCUGCCAAAUCCAUGGCUAAUGUUAGAUAUGAACAACUCCACCAAACGCUGCCUUGUUGCCCUUUCGUCUACCGAUUCCGAUCCUGAUCCUACUGCUAUACUUCCCCUUCGUGAUAUCCGUGGUCUCAUUGCCAUCAGUUGAUGACGAGGGUGAUAGAACCACUUUGAACAAACUGAAAGAAUUUAUGUCUUCGGGUUUGGGAAACUUAGGUUGGAACUGUAUUUGUCUUCCUUGUUCUGAAAGUGCUUAUCUAAUAUCAUCAGAGAAUAUUUCAGGAUGAGUAUUGAGAGAGAGAAACUGAAUGCUGACCUUCUUCAGGGGAUUCAGGACGAGAAUCUCAUUUUGAUGAU